AACUUAAGAGAUUCAAAUAGUAUAUUAAAUAUUUUAUGCUCAGCAAACCUUUGCGAUGAAAAUAAAGAAGAUUUACAAACAGGGCAAGAUCGUCAUAGUUCUCACUGGACGUUACGCUGGCUGCAAGGCCAUCAUUGUGAAGACCUCCGAUGAUGGCAAGCCGGAGAAUAAGCCAUUGGGUCAUGCGCUCGUCGCGGGCAUCGACGGAUGCACGCGCAAGUUGACCAGGAAGAUGGGCAAGAACUAUUUGAAGAAGAGAUCCAAGGUCAAGACGUUUCUGAAGAGAUUGAGAUACACACAUCUGAUGCCCACACGCUACACGGCGAAGGAUGUUAGCUUCGAGCAGCUGGUGGCCAGGGAUCUGAUGGAUCCCGCUCUGCGCAGGAUGUGUCGCUUGGAGUCCCGCGUUAAGUUCGAGUCGCUAUACAAGAAGGGCAAGAAUAAGUGGUUCUUUCAGGAUGUGCGCUACUAAGCGGCAACUGCCUCUAUGAAAGAUUUAAUUUGAAAUAAAGGCUUCUCUUUCAA